UCCAAGCUGUCCUCCCUUCAGAGCACUAGCAUACAGAUGGCAGGCAAUGCUGCAGACAUCGACACAUCCAGCGUUGCAAUCAACAGGAUGCCGAGGACUCGCUAUCUGACGAAUUCAUCGGAAAAUGAGCCGGUGGCAGUUUGGGGGAGGCACAUUAACAAGUCCUAUGGGAAACUGAGAGUACUGAAGGAUCUCGAUAUAACGGUUCCAAGGGGAUGCAUUUAUGGAUUACUGGGCCCAAGUGGCUGUGGAAAGACGACGUUGCUGCGAUGUGUGAUCGGUCGACUGCACAUGGACAGCGGUCAUCUUGUCGUCUUGGGAGACAGGCAGGGAUCGCGGGGUCACAAGGUGCCUGGAAGCCUGGUGGGGUACAUGCCACAGGAGACGGCCUUGUUCCCAGACCUGACUAUCGCGGAGACGUUGCAGUACUUUGGUCGGCUACAUGGCAUGGACAGCGAUCACAUUGGAGCGCGCACCGACUUCCUCAUAGACUUCCUGAUGCUGCCUGACAAGUCACGGCUGGCGGGACAGCUCAGUGGAGGACAGAUGCGUCGUGUAUCAUUCUGUGUAGCCCUGCUACAUGAACCAGAACUGCUGAUCCUCGAUGAACCCACAGUCGGAGUGGAUCCCCUACUCAGAGAAAGGAUCUGGGACCAUCUGAUCAACAUCACCAGCCACAUGGGCAACCACACGACCAUCAUACUUACCACCCAUUACAUCGAGGAGGCAAGACAGGCUGGCAAGAGCUUGGAGAGUGUCUUUCUCAAGUUGUGUGAGGCGGUCAAAGUGGGAACCCCGCCUGAUCUGGCCUUGCCUAACAACCAGGUACUGUUGCCUUACAACCAGGUAUUGUUGCUUAACAGCCAGGUACUGUUGCAUAACAACCAGGUACUGGAGCCUAACAACCGGAUACUGUUGCCUAACAACCAGUCGAGCCUGAACGAUGAAGAAACGGUUCCUGUACGCAACGGAGACAAUGUGCCCCUGCUUGGAAGCGUGUUCAGCAAGUGGGCUUGUCCAGUGGGUUUGCCAAGUGGGCGCAACAUCGCAGCGCAGUUCAUGAAGAAUCUGCACAUAAUGCGACGAAAGAUAGGGUUUCUGCUGUUCCAGUUCAUGUUGCCAUUCGUCGAGAUACUUCUUUUCUGUAUAUGCAUCGGCAACGACCCUUUCGGGCUUCACCUGGCUAUUGUGAACGAAGACACCGGGGGUCUGGGUCAGAGAUACCUCCAGGCCCUGGAUAAUCAUUCCAUUAUACAGGUAUUUUUUAGUUCAGGUUACAGUGCAGCGUAUGACUCGGUGCGUGAUGGCCACACGUGGGCUGUCAUACAUCUCAAAGCAAACUUUACUCAGGAUCUCAUUGAAAGAUUUUCCAGUAUAACCAAUGUCAGCGACUCAGUGAUUAAUGGCAGCUCAGUUCAUCUGCAGAUUGAUUCAACAAGCAUGGCUACAUUUGAGAUAAUGCUGGCCCAUAUGUUUACUAAGAUGUUUAUAGUGGUGGUCCAGAUUGCAGUGCUUCUCUCAGUGGCUCUUCUGAUAUUCAAGGUGCCUUGUCUAGGACCACUGAUAUGGGUGAUUCUACCUCUGUUCAUACGCGGUUUCCUUGGCAUGUCAAUAGGUGUUCUCUUCUCGGCCGUUUGCUGUGAUGAAAACUCUGCCAUACAGUUGGCACUCGGAUCGUAUUUCCCUCUUAUGCUAAUAAGUGGUAAGUGA